GGGGGCUUGGCACGGCGCGGCCUUCCCGGUGGCCCCUGCGGAGGCGGGCCCAAGGCGGUUCCCGCCGUCCGAUCCCGCCAUUGGCGGGCCGUUUGAAUGGCGGAAGUGACGAGGGCCGAGCCAUGGCUUUCCCGCAGGUCCCCAAACGGCUGCUGGGUAGCUGGCCGAGUGCGGGUGCCUGUGUGUCGUGAGACCCGACCACACACGCUGUCAGAUACUUUAUAUUUAAAAUACUCAGAAAUGAAAAGAAAGGUAAUGAAUGCAAAACUGAGAUUGAGCCCUAAUGAAGAAGCCUUCAUUUUGAAAGAAGAUUAUGAAAGAAGACGAAAAUUAAGAUUGUUACAGGUUCGAGAACAAGAAAGGGGCAUUGCCUUCCAGAUAAGAGAAGGCGUAAAACAGAGGCGAAGUCAGCAGGUUUCUCAUUUGGCUGAGGAGCUAAGGGCAAAAUGGGAAGAAGCACAAAGCCAGAAAAUACAGAAUUUGGAAAAACUAUAUUUGGCAAGUUUAAGACAUAUGGGAGACGGACAUCGACAGGCUAAAGAAAAUGAACCUGACCUGGAUGCUCUUUCUCGGCGGGCAGCAGAAAGAAAAGGAAAAGCAGAAGUGAGGCAUAAAGAAGCCCUAAAAGUGCAGAAAAAUCAAAAAGAAAUGUUAAUGAAACAGAAAACAAGGCACAUAAAAGCUCGAAAGGAAGCAGUGCUUGUGGAAAAACAGAGAUCUGCUAAAAUGGCCAGGCUGCCACCGCCUGUCCCAUCUCCCUUUGAGAACAUUGACGUAAACAGGAUUCCUUCAUUGAAAACCAACAGUUCCACCUACCAUCAUAUUUCCACCUUUGUGAGUAGACAGAUGGAUACAGAGCAGCCAGAUGCUCAUUUGGCUGCUGAAGAAGAAGCUAGACGGGUGGAAAGACUACGAAAACAGGCGGCACAGGAGAGAAUGGAACAGUUUGAAAGGGCACAUGUGCGGGGAUGCCAAGCCAUGAAAAAGAUCCACUUGGCCCAAAACCAGGAGCGAUUGAUGGAAGAACUUAAACAGCUGCAGAAAGAGGACCUGGCCCGUAGGAGGCAGACAGUGGCACAGAUGCCGCCACAGCUGCUGGAGCUGCCAUACCGACGGAAUGAGAUGAAGGAAGACUGGCAGAGAGAGCUGGAGUUUGCCUUUGAAGAUAUGUACAAUGCAGAUAGGAAGGUGAAAGGAAACCUGAUUUUGCAUCUUAAGCCAGAACCUUUGCCUACAAUGUCUGAUCAGCUCCAAGAUGAAGAACUGGACCUUUCAGUAGAAGGAGAAAAUGAAGGUGAAACUGAGAACCCUCAGGUGCCAGACACUGCAGUAAUAUGUCCUAGUGGAACAGUGCCCUUGGCAACAAAGACCCAACAAAUCCCCUCAAGACUUCUUUUUAAAAGAUUAUUAAGCAAGAUUCGAAGUCAAAAAUCACUCUGGACAAUUAAAUCCAUAUCUGAGGAUGAAGGUGAGGUGACUGCGAGCAUCAGUGAGAGUGAGAGUAAAAUACCAAGCAUGGACUCAGGAUCUAUUACCACGGAGGAGAGGACAGCACCGUUUGAGCAGGAGCAAGUCAUGGACAGUGAAAGGCUGACGAUAGAAUCUGGACCACUGAGCAGUGAAGAUAAACCAUUUUCCUACAAAGUGGGGACUGGAAAGGAACAAGCAAUGGCUUCGUCUCCACCUGCCACAACUGUGGCUCAGAGUUCAGUCCUUCUUCAUCCUCAGGAAGAAGCAGUCAGAAUUCGAAUGUCAUUAAGGCAUAAACAGAUAAUGGAGAUAGAAGAGCAGAAGCAGAAGCAGUUGGAAUUACUUGAACAAAUUGAGCAACAGAAGUUAAGGUUAGAAACUGAUUGUUUCCGGGCUCAACUGGAAGAGCAAAGAAAGAAAGCUGAUCAGCUUGAGGUAUGCCCUGCUCCAAUGUCACAUGCUAUGAUUUCUGAUGAAGACUGUCACAGGCAGAUGAUUCGUAACUAUCAACAUCAGCUUUUACAACAAAACAGGUUACACAAACAGACUAUUGAAACUGCCAGGAAACGAUUACUCGAAUACCAAACUGUAUUAAAAGAACGAUGCCCAUCCAUGUCAGCCGCAAUACUGAUACCUGAUUCUGUUGUGUCACGGCCCCCACAGCAAUCCCAAAAGCCUGCUGCUUCUUCAGACUAUGGGGAUCCAAGCCAGAGACUGAAACUAAGUCCUAGCAAAUAUCAACCUGUGAAGCCCACACAGAUCCCUACAUUAGAGCAGACUCAUAUCCAGGUACCAAGAGAGGGUCACAUUCCACAGAGGCAAGGAAAAAUAGCUGGAUCAGAGAUGUUAGCUGAGCAGUCCGUGAAAUCACAGGAACGUCAGUGGCAAUUCUCUCAGGUGGAAACACAUCAGAGAGACUAUGAGCUUGUCCUUAAAGAUUCUCAUUCACUUUCAAGGACUUUGUCUUAUGUUAGGCCACAAAUAUUACAAGAUGCUGGAGAAAUAUCUAAACCACCGAGGGCAAUAAUUUGUCAAAGUUUAGAUUCCCAACAGAUAUCAUCAGAGGAUAGUGAAAAUAUAUCUUCUAAGCCAACGGAACCGUCUUCUUUUCUCCCACUGCUACCUGAAUGCCCUUUUACUAGUCUCCCAGUUAAACUCGAAUCUGGAACAAUUCAGAAGCCCUUUACAACCAUAAACCAGUCUGUAAUCAGUCAAAUGCGUGAUCAGCCUUUGUCAUCCUCAGAGACUAUUACAGCUCAGAAGGACGACUUAAGGUUUCUUCAAGAACAAUUAGAACUACAGAAGAAAGUUCUCCAGGCAAGACAAGAGGCUCAGGAAAAGCUGCUUUUAUGUACACAGAAAGAACUGGAACAGCAUACUGGUCUCCCAGUAUUCCUCCCUUCACCAGUUGGAAAUAUAUUUCCUUCACUGCCCUCUGCCUCAGCUGAAUCAGGAAACUUCCAGACAUCUUCAACAAAAAGUGAUGCCACUGUUUCCUCUGACAAUAUGGACAGGCUUUGGGAUUCUUCACAACCCAUCUCAUCACGGCAAACUAAUUUAGAAUUUCUCCAAGAGCAGUUCAGUGUUGAGAAGGAUAACCUUCAGGCUAGGCGGGAAGCCCAGGAGGUCCUGUUUGCACAUACACAGAGUCAGCUGGAUAAAAUUGUACAUUCUGAACAGGCUGGGUCUUCUUGGCCAUAUCAGGUGGCUCAGCAGUCAUUUAGUUCACUAACAUCAGUUGAUACACAAUCUAGAAAAACCCAGAAACAGCCUUUACCUAUGAACAAGAAAGGGCUACUCCCAAACCAGACUGAAGUCUCAAGAGCUCAGGAUGGAUCUUCAGGUUUUUUACAGCAGACCCUACCUCUUCAGAAUACUUUAAGGUUGCUUCAAGAACAGCUGACUCUACAGAGGGGUAUGACUCAACCUAGACAUGAUGCUCAAGAGGAAUUACUUUUACGUAAAGAAAGAUGUUCAACAGACAGUGUGGCGGGGCCAGUAAAUUCACUCUCCUCAGUGGUUGCUCAGCACUUAGAUGCUUCACAUGCAGUUUCAGAAAUUGGGCCUCAGAAGCUCCAGGAACUGUAUUCAUCUAAGAAAGAAAAUACAUUUCUCUCCAGUCAUUUGAUUACCCCAGCAGUUCAAGAGGAGUCUCCUGGCUUUCCACAGCACAGCCUGCCAAGACAAGAACAUUUUACAUCACUCCAGGAAGAGACACACAUUCAGAGGGUUAUACUUGGUGCUAGAAAAAAAAAUCAGGAAUUUGCUCACAAACAAAACGAAUUAGAAAGGGGACUGUGUUCUCAACAGACUGGUGGUGCCUUGUCUUCUCCAUCCCAAGUAACUGAAUGGGAACUAUCCCAGGAGUCUGUAUCAGCCAGAAGUGAUAGUACGGAUCCCGUAAGCCAUUUUAAGAUUCCAGGAUUUCAGGAAAGACUAGUUAGAGUUUCACAGCGUACAUUCCCUCUACAAGAUAAUUUCCAGGAACACCAAGAAUGGGUAAACACAGAAAAAGAGAGCUUUCAAUUUAGUUCUCAAACUCGAGAAAAUACAUCUUCUCAACAGACAGGCUUUUCGUCCUUUGAACCCUCAUUAAGACUGUCAUCAUGUGUAUCCUUGCCAUCUGCUGACUCAGGUAUAACACAGCAACCUCUCUCAACAGAGAGUGACAGUAAAGUAAAAUCAAGCCAUCUUCAGAUACCAGAACUGCAGCAUAGACUUUUAAAGAUAUCCCAGCUCAUCCAGCCUCAGCAAGACAGUUUGAAGGCCCUUCAAGAUCAAUUAGCUACACAAAGGGAAGCCAUUGUCCACUCUAGACAAGAAGCUCAUGAAGAAACACUAAGAGAAUGGAAGGAAAAAAUAUUCCCAGAGCAGGUUGGUCCAUUUUCUCUCCUGAUACCACAACGUUCACUUGCUUCAUUCCCUGUUUCUGAUACUGAAAGAACACAAGGACUGUGUUCAGCCAACAGUGACACCAUAUCUUCGGGUUAUUCUGAGAUGCUGGAAUUGCCUGACAGGGCAUUGGGUUUAUCACAUACUGCUUUACCUCAGCAGGAUAAUCUGACUGCACAUCCAGAACACCUUUAUGCACAGACAAAUUCCUUUCAUUCUACUGAGAAGGCCCAAGAAGGGUUGGUGUUUCCUAGACUAUGUAAAUGUGAAGAUAUGUCUGCUGAGCAUUUUAUCCAACCUCAUCAUGAUGACUUAAAGGCAGUUCAACAGCAGUUAGAUAUGCAAAGGGAAUCCAUUAGAUCUGGCCAGGAAAUACAAGAGGAAAUGCUUUUGCAAAGGUUAAACAACUUGGAGCAAAGGGUAUCUUGCAAACAAAUUGGCUCUUCUCCAUUUUCAUCCCAGGUAGCACUGCCCAUUGCCAAUUCUGAAGAGACCUUACAGUCUUUCCCAACCAAAAGUGAUGAUGCUGAGAUGCUCAGGUCCCAUGAUGAGUAUCUGGGCUUUCCACAGCCUCUUCUGCCUCUGCAGAAUAGCAUGACAGAGCAGUUGAACAUAGAAAUGGUAUCUCAUAAAGAACUGCUUUUACACAAACAAAAGAGCCAAAACAAAAGUGACUUUCCUGAGCAUUCUCUCCCUGCUUUGUUUCUGUCCAAGGAAAUAGAGCAUCCAUUCAUUCCACUACCUUUUGCAGAAACCAAAUCUAAAAGCAUUUGUGAGUCAUAUUUAUCUGAAAAGGAGCAUGCAGCUCCUAAUGAUGCUGUGAUCACAAGAUUUCAGGACAGACUUUUAAGUUAUUCCCAGCCUGCCUUAACUCAGCAAGAUAACAUGAGUCUUCAGAAGCAGCUGAAUCUACAAAGAGAAGCUCUACAAACUAGGCAAAAAGCCCAAGAAGAAUUGCUUAUGCAGAGACAGACAUUCUUACAGCAGCACAUCCAAAAACACAGAGAGACUUUGAAAGAUUUCUUUAAUAUCAGUCAGGCAAGAAAUACCACAGGUGAGAAUGAUUUGGAAAUGCAGAAGACAGAACAGCUUGGAGGGUGGUUUCCUCACAUCCAAGGCCUUACUUGGGGAGACUCAGGUCAGGGGAGCUCUAGUGGUGAGCAGCCGCAUUCAGCAGAUGUCUAUGUUGAGCAUGGUGGUGACAGUCUGGGCAAAGAACUGAGUGGUAGAGCCUCAAAGCCACCUGUCUCCAAAGUUAAAUGUGUUUUGGACUUAAACCAGCAUGAGCUUAGUACUAUACAGGAAGUAGAGUCACCAGCAAGUGGCAGGACUUCCAUGACAGGAAAAGCAGAGUUUUACCAAGAACGAGACCCAUUAAGGGUCUCCGUAAGCAGAGAACAAAGUUUCCUGGGGAGCCCACUAGCUCAUGAUCCGUUUGGUUGUCAUCAACCACCUGUCCAAGAGAACAGCAAAAGCCAUGACAGUGCUAAAACAGUUAAAGUCAAGAAAUCUGAUGUUGAGGAUCAUGCAGUAUUGAGUCGUGCUAUCUCAGAGGAAGAAGAAAAAGAAGAAGAAGAAGAAGCAUGUACAUACCUGGGUCCACUUGUGAAGCCAGAUGAUGAGGCUGAAACACAAGAGAUUUCUCAGGAGCCAUUGUCUUCAGUAACUGUUUCUACUGGAAGCUUCUUAAGUUAUGAAAUCACAGAUUUGAGCCUCACAGAUCCAGAGUCAUUUUCAGAACCGACAGAGCAUCAAGAACAAGAAUCUACCAAUAAGCAGGAAGAGACUGAUCCUUUUAGUCGUGCAUUCCCUUCAAUACAAAUUAUUUCUCAGCAGCAGCACUCCUUAGGUGCUCAUAACUCUCUGUUGCCCACGGAGGAAGAAAGUACAUCUGAUCAUGCACAUGUUCAACAGAUCAUAGACAAGGAUAUAGAUGAAGCAAAUUUGAUACCUGAUAAAAGAGACUUUCAGGUUCCAGAUGUGGACCUUGACUUUCGAGAAUUGGAACACAUAUUUCCACACUUGCACCGUCAGCUCUUUAAACCCUUAGAACCACAUCUAGAUUUUGACUUAUCCCCUGGGACUUCUCAAGAAGACAGAGACUUUUACCAGCAGAGCUCAGAAUCUUCAUCUGAAAAACAUGUUAAGGCAUUGUCCACAAGCACAAUCUGUUUCACAGCACUGACGGCCAGCUCGCAUUCUCCUAACUCAAGGCUGAACCAACAACUUGAUGUUAACCUGGCUCAUGCUACAACUGAGGGAUCUGAACAGUCUUUUCAGCAGCUCCUACCAGAAUUCUCUUCACAGGAAAGCCAGCAUGCUGAUCUACCCAGCAUUUAUAGCAUUGAAGCAAGAGGUACUUCCCGAAGCAUGGAAAGCCACAACUAUUCUGAAAUAUUACAAAAUAAGAAAAAAAGUAUCUAUCUCCAGCCCUCAACAGAGAAUUUGAGUCCAGCCUGCAGUCCAUCUGAUACUGCUCUAUUUGAUCAGUUACACCUGCAGCACAGUACUCCGUGUGGUUCCACCUCUAGUGAGUGCUCAGCAAAACAAUUAGAAAGCAGAGAAGAAAUGCUGCAUUUUGAAGAGCUGUCAAGAAGAGCGGUUACAAUGUCACAAAGACUGACUGAAGAUGAAAAUGUAGUUCUACCUAUAAAUCCACAUGUAGGAAGAGUGGAGAUGGAGACUUCAGUUCAGGGGUCUAAUUCAUUGAGCAUUCAAAAUGAAAAGCCAAUUCAGAACGUCAUUAAAACUGAAACUACAGAAGCUGUUAGAAAUGUAUGUCAGCUAGCACAAGCAGAGCACAUAUUAAAAUCUGAGUCCUGUCCAUUUCGGAGCCCUAUUCCAGUCUGGGAAACAGAAACUGGCUAUGGUAUAAUGGAAGAACCAGAUCUCACUCUAGUGAGUACUAGCGACAUCAGCAUCACUGAAACAGAUCUUGCAAACUUAACCCUUGAAGAUAAAGAGGAUGAACUACAGAGUUUUCAGGCAAGUGUUGUUCUACCUACAUCUUCAAUGGAAACCUCUGUUUAUGGAGGUGUAUCAGAGCUUUGUGUGGACCAACCCACUGUGGCACCUUCAGCUACACCAGGUAGUUUACAGGAAGCAUUUAUGAAAAGAAAAAAGGCACUUUUGGAACGAUCCUACCAGAGACAGAGAGAGAUCUGGAAUAAAACACGACUCCCUCAAACCAAAGUAUCCAAAGAGAAGCUACCUACAGGUUAUACAGGAAGUUAGCUGGGAUGAAGCAAGAAAAAGGGUGAACAAGCUUUUCAUUCAAAGAAAAAAACCAUACAAAUUGAAAUAAAACAGCCGAAAACAGAAACUUCAGGCCCAAAAUACAUGCUGACUUCCUUGCAAACUGUAUAAAGUUAUUUAUUUUUAAAAGUUAUUAAGUCAAAUAAAUUUAUUUAAGGGA